AUUUCAUUCAAUGCCUCUCUCUCUCUCUACAUGACUCCAGCUCACCAGUUCCUCGUUUCAAGCUUGUAAGCUUACAUGCAAAUCCUCUCGUGUUCACAGUGACUCGCUCGAAUUCACAGUCGCAGUCACGGUCUUGUCAUGCGCCUGAGCUUUUAGUUUGGUUCUUUACCUUCUGGGUCCAGCAAUGGAGUUUUUUUGAAUGACGGAAGAAAUGGUCAAGUUUAUAAGUGGGGAGAGUGUUGUUACGAUCACAAGUAAACGACCCUUUAUUGGACGGCUCCGCUUUGGAGUUGCCGACACGGAAAGGUCGGUCUUUUCCCUUUCCGGCAGUAUCUUAGUGGCAUUUUGGGGAUUUUCAUUGGGCUUUGUAGGUGUGGGUAGAUGAACGAACUUAAGAAGGCGGAGAUAACGAAGGCGUGUGGCAGUUCGCUUCAUCCGCUGAGAGAUGACGGACUCGAGCACAUGUACUUAAAUAUUCUGUGGAAUUGUUCUCGCCAUGAGUAAAAUGCCUUGAAUUCGAGUAGCGGAAAAGAAGAAAAGAGAGAAAAACUCCGGUUUGGGUGGCCAGAAAAUCUGAGUGGAAAAAAUGCAGAGUUAGUUUGAGUUUUGGUGAAGAAUAUCCAACCAACAAGAUUUCAUUCUUCUGAUGAACGGCGAAGCUCGGAAAAAGUGGGAGAAGUUUGUGGGGUUUUAAGCUGGGGGUUGUGAUCAUUCAUUUAGUGGAAGGUUGUGUUGAGAGAAGCAGCUGCAUAAAAUCAGGUGGGUUUUGUAGUGUCUGAUUUUUGUGGAGUUAAUGCAACCAUCAUAACAAUAAUAAGAAGUGGUGAGACAUACAGGUCACGCCUCUUCGAUAUCGCUGAAGGUUCUUAGGAAUUAAGGUGGUACUGGUAUUGUUGAUCUGUUGAUUUUGGAGUUGUAUUAACUCUUUGGAAGAAAAUGGUGGGUAGUGUUGAGAGGGUUGCUCAUAAUGGGUACUCGAAUGGGUCCAUUCACAAUAAUGGGAAUGGUUUGGAGGAAAAACUCGACGAGCUCAGGCGUCUUCUCCUCAAAGCUGAUGGUGAUCCGUUGAGAAUUGUUGGUGUGGGGGCCGGUGCUUGGGGCAGUGUUUUUGCAGCUCUGCUUCAAGAUAGCUACGGCCAAUUUCGUGACAAAGUUCAAAUCAGGAUAUGGCGAAGGCCUGGUCGAGCCGUGGAUAGAGCCACAGCUGAACAUCUUUUUGAGGUCAUAAAUUCAAGGGAGGAUGUCUUAAGGAGGUUGAUACGACGCUGUGCGUAUCUGAAGUACGUUGAGGCUAGACUUGGCGAUCGUACUCUAUUCGCUGAUGAGAUUCUGAAAGAUGGUUUCUGCUUAAACAUGAUCGAUACGCCUCUCUGUCCCUUGAAGGUGGUCACUAACUUGCAGGAGGCCGUUUGGGAUGCUGAUAUUGUGGUGAACGGGUUGCCUUCCACGGAGACAAGUGAGGUGUUUGAAGAGAUCAAUAAUUAUUGGAAGGAGAGGAUCACGAUGCCCAUCAUUAUUUCUCUGGCGAAGGGCAUAGAAGCUGCAUUAGAUCCUGAACCUCAUAUUAUAACUCCUACUCAGAUGAUUAACCGUGCAACUGGAAUCCCCAUAGAGAACAUACUUUAUCUUGGUGGACCCAAUAUUGCUUCUGAGAUUUACAAUAAGGAAUAUGCAAAUGCUCGAAUAUGUGGAUCUGACAAAUGGAGGAAGCCUCUCGCGAAAUUUUUAAGACAACCCCAUUUUACAGUGUGGGACAAUAGCGAUCUUGUCACACAUGAGGUCAUGGGCGGCCUCAAGAAUGUCUAUGCCAUCGGAGCUGGCAUGGUUGCUGCUCUUACCAAUGAAAGUGCUACAAGUAAAUCGGUGUACUUUGCACACUGUACAUCGGAGAUGAUAUUCAUAACCCAUUUGUUGGCGGAAGAACCAGAGAAAUUGGCGGGACCUUUGCUGGCCGACACGUAUGUGACGUUGUUGAAAGGUCGUAAUGCAUGGUACGGGCAAAUGUUAGCCAAGGGGCAGCUGAACCUGGACAUGGGAGACAAUAUCAGUGGAAAAGGAAUGAUUCAGGGUGUCUCAGCUGUUGGAGCCUUCUACGAACUAUUGAGCCAGGCGAGCUUAAGCGUGUUGCAUCCCGAAGCAAAGAAGCCUGUUGCUCCCGUUGAACUAUGCCCGAUCCUGAAGACACUAUAUAAGAUUCUGAUAGUGAGGGAACAACCUGCGCGAGCUAUCCUGCAAGCACUGAGAGACGAAACCUUGAAUGAUCCUCGCGAACGAAUCGAGAUUGCACAGAGCCAUGCUUUCUACCGACCUUCGCUUCUUGGUCAGCCUUGAGCGGCUUGUUCUUCCGAGAGAGUGAUAAUAAGAAACCAGCAUCUUACUUGUAUGUGAGACAGAAUCAUAAUGGGUUUAUAAUGGACUUUGAAUUAAUACAUCUAUAUUUUGAUCAA